GCUCUACAAAAUCACUAUGCCUUUGACACCAGUACAUGUGUGAUCAAUUAAACUGAUAAGAUGGAUCGGGAAGAUGGUGGCAAUCCUUCAAAAUCAACAUCAUCAGCUUCUGUGAGUAGUAGUACAUUAUGGACAAGAUUAAUUUCUAGUGAAUUACAACAUGUUCAAAAAGAUGCACAACUCUCUUCAAGGUUAUUAAACAAACAAGUUAUUAAUUCAAAGAAAAUUAAUCAAUACACAGUCAAGGCUAAUUCUACCAAGGCAUCUGCUUCAUUUUAUUAUCGAAUUGUCAGUUAUAUUGAUGAAAGUGCAACAAAUGAUCUACGCAGAAUAAUUUCAUUUAUUCAUGAACUUGGUUCUGGAAAUGUUUCUAUGAAAAGUAGUAAAAAAGCUCAGUAUUAUAGAGAAUUAGGAAAUGACUUAUUCAAACAAGGCAACUUUACUGCUUCGGCUACAGCUUAUCGAACUGGCUUACUUCAUGCACCGAAUGCAUAUUUCAUACCGUCUAAUCAAAGUAAACAAGGCGAAUUUUGUCUAGAAGGUGCACUACUACACGGGAAUUUAUCUGCUGUACUAGCUGUUCAACAUUUAUGGUCAUGCUGUUUGGAAGAAGUGUUCACAGCACUGGAAUUACACUUGAGUAUAACAAAUCUUGAAAAUUUUAACAAGAAUUCAUCAAUUCUACGUUUAAAAACACGUUUAGACAAGUGUUGUCAGCAUUUGAAUUUACCUACACUGAUCAGUUGGGAUCAUGAUCUUACACUGAACAAAUUAUUAGAGAUCCAUUGUUCUGUGAUUACUAUACUCAAUGAGAAGAAUAAAACAGUGAUGAAGAAAUGGGAAAUACCUACACCAAAGUACCAGCAUAAUUCACAGUAUUACGGUUUAUCAAAUGGUGUACGUGUUGAUCAAACCAUUGAGAAAGGUCGACAUGUUAUCGCUACCGAAUCAUUUGAACCAGGAGAUAUUAUAGCUGUUGAACCAGCUGGUGGUUGGAUUACACAUCCCAACAGUAAUCAUGAUAAUAAUAAUGAUAAUCAUAAUAAUUUCAAAUAUUUAUUACUGUUACCAUCACAACGUAUGAAUCAAUGUUCAAAGUGUUUUAAUCCAUUAAACUCUAUAGGCUUUAUCUGCCCAUAUUGUUGUGAUACAGCAUACUGUCAAUUAUCCAGCGAUUGUAAUUAUCAUCAGCGGUGUAGAGAAAUGAAAAACUCCGCGGCGUAUUUAUAUGAAGAUUUUCAACAACCUGUAUGGCAUCUAGCUGAAUGUCGGUUUAUGUUUCUAUUAAAUUCAAUCGGUUUGGGACAUUUAUGUUUUCGUCUAGCAUGGUUACGUCAAAGCUAUCCAGAUACACAAGAAGCAAGUGCUUUCAGUAUUGAUCAAUUAAUUGAACAUUUCAAUGAAUUUCCUGUAGAAGAAUUAUUUGAAUAUGCGCUUACUGGUUGGUUGAUAUCAAAACUGUUAAAUUACAAUAGUAAUAAUAAUAAUAAAACCAAUUUGAAAUCCGCUGAAAAUGAAAAUGAACUUAUUCAAGGUCUUUGGUGUUUUGAUACACUAAGACGUCUUCAGUGUAAUGCACAUGCUAUCACAGAAAUUCAAACUGACUAUCCUGAUUUGAAAACAUGUCUGCCUAAUACAUUCAAUGUGUCAAUGGAUGAUUUGAAAGAGAUAUAUCCUUUUGUUAGACGAUUAAAACAAGCAAGAAUUGCAACAGGUUUAUUUCCAUGUGUCAGUCUAUUGAAUCAUUCUUGUGAUCCGAAUAUUAUUCAUAAUUUUGAGAAUUCAUUAAUAGUUCUUCGUUGUUUGAAAACAAUUCUGCCUGGAUCCGAGGUACUCAAUUGUUAUGGUCCACAUUAUUUACACUAUCCAUCAAGUUUUGAAAGACUCAGUCUACUUAAACAACAAUACUUUUUCGUGUGUAAUUGUCAACAUUGUACUACUUCAACGUUGGAUUUCAAAUUGUCAAAUCAACUGUCUACUAAUCCAACUGAUGAAAUGUUAAACCAGUGGAAACAGGCUGUUGAUAAACUCUUAUCAAUCCCAUGGGAGUCUAUUCAAUCCCUAGACAAACUAAAAACUGCUAUCCAGUCUGUUCAACAAGCUGGUACCCUUCCUUCAACUCAUUGCUGGUGGCCACUGAACGAUACUUUAGGCAGUUUAUUUGAUACUAUUGGCAGACAAUAUUUAAUUCAUUCAAAACUUCUUCAAAAACACCCACCCAUUUCAAAUCAGGAUAAAAGUAAUCAGUCAAAUUGGUUAUUUGCACAAAAUGCUGGCCUAUGGUGUUUAAAAUCAUCUGUUCAAUGGGUUCAAUUGAAUUUUGGUACAAUUAGCUGUGAAUAUUUAUGGGAAUUAAUCAAUCUACUGCAUAUAUCGAUUCAUUAUUUCGGCCAUUUUGAUUUAAUUCAGCUCAACUUACCUAGUGAAUUCAGUGAAUUAGAUGAAUUUAUUGAAAAGAAAGUUGUUGAUUCUGUUGGUGUUAAUAUUUUAAGUAGUAAAGAUGAGUUGCUGUGUGAAAUAAAACGAUUAUCUACUUUGUUAUAUGGAGUGAAUAAAAGUCAAAUGAUUAUUGAACAAUUUGUAAAUAAAUUCAUGUAAAAAUAGUAUACCGAUGUUUAAUGUUCAAUGAUUUAUGUAUAUUUUGUUUAAAUGAACUAAUGGCGUCGUUAAUUUGCUUGUCAUAAGCCUUGUGCACAACUCCUCAAUUUUUGUAUGAUAUCCUCUCUUUUUUAUAAAUUAUUUUGAGC